CUGGAGCCGGGCAACCUUGGCUCCCGUGGUCCACGAUCCAUCAUCGGUUUUUCUGUUCCUGGUCUGCCCUGUGAAGCACACACACACACCCCGAGGAAUGGCGGAGGCGGUCUUCCGAGCCCCGAAGAGGAAGAGGAGGGUGUACGAGAGCUACAAGUCCCCACUGCGUCCGUUCCGCCAGGACCCGGGUCCCCAGCAGGAAUCCCCCCAGCUCCGCGCCGAGCUCAUCCACAGCAGGGUGAUCGUGAGGCGCCCCGAGGACAUGAGGCGGCUGUAUGGGAACGGCUACUUUGGGAAAGGCGUGCUUUCCAGAAGCCGGCCAGGCUUCACCGGCUCGGACCCUAAGCUGGCUGCCACGUGGAAAGACGUGAAGACACGCAUGCCUAUAAUCACGUCCAAGAAGUAUCAGUGCCGUGUGACGUGGGCCGCAGAGGCGAUGCGGAGACAAGGCCAGGACGAGAGCACGGUGUGCGAGCUCCUGGAGGAGCUCACGAGACCGCUCGCACACCCCUGCGCGGACGGGGGCCAGGCGUGUGGACAGCAGGACCCUGCGGAGACCGAGGGGCCUUCUGUGGUGAACGGGGACUCUGGACAGCCGGACGGGCCCCCUGGUGGCCCACGGGAGAGCCCAGGACGCCACCCGCCCGCUGCACACGACCUCGACAGACAUCCCGAGGACACGGCGGCUCCGCCCCGAGACGCCCGCUUCCCCCACAGCCGACACCAGCCACCGGGACACACCGGGGCUGACCACGACUACGUGCUCGUGGAAGAAGAGGGGUGCGAUGUGCACGAGGGAGCCGACACCCCAGCAGAGGAAUCGGUGCAGAGGCGGAGGCUGACGUGCCGGAGGAAUCCGUACAGGGUCCUGGAGUACUUGCAGCUCAGCCUGGAGGAGGCCUUCUUCCUUGUGUACGCAUUGGGGUGCCUGAGUGUCUACUACGAGGAGGAACCUCUGACGAUCAUGAAGCUCUGGCGCGCUUUCACCGCAGUGCAGCCCACCUUCAGGACGACGUACAUGGCGUACCACCACUUCCGGAGCAAGGGCUGGGUGCCCAAAGUGGGGCUCAAGUACGGGACGGACCUGCUGCUGUACCGGAAAGGCCCUCCGUUUUACCAUGCAAGCUACUCGGUCAUCGUGGAGCUGGUUGACGACCGCUUCGAGGGCGCCCCCCGCAGGCCUUUCAGCUGGAAGUCCCUGGCCGCGCUGAGCAGGGUGUCCGCCAGCGUCUCCAAGGAGCUUCUACUGUGCUACUUGGUGAAGCCCUCCACCAUGACCGAGGAGGACAUGGGGUCCCCAGAGUGCAUGAAGAGAAUUAAAGUUCAGGAGGUGAUCCUCAGCCGCUGGGUUUCUUCACGAGAGAGGAGUGACCCGGAUGAACUGUAGUGACCCAGCGCGGUUCCCACGUGCCCUGCUAGGCGCCCCCCCCACGGGUGGGUAGAACGUCCUGUCCUGGGGCUGGAGCGUUGAAGGGCAGGAGCCCCCGCCCCAGAAGGGCUGCUGGUUGAAAGGAGUGCAGACCCCGUCCGUGCGCCCACCGUCCCUCGUCCUGAGCUUCGGAAGUCAGAUCUGGCUGGUCCUGCGUGGGGUCGGUUGUGUGAUCUGGGCAGGGCCGAGCCCACAGUCACCCUGCCCCCGGGGAGGGGGCACCGGCGGUCCCCCGGGAGAGCUCUUCUCUGGGCUGACUUGAGACCGAGACGGAGCACUUCACACAGCGUGUCCUGUUGCAGCGAAUGUCAGCGGGCGUGGGGGUCUCGGGACCCCGUGUGCCGUGAUUGUGAAUGGAAAAAGAGAUUGGUGUGUCUCGGUCUACCCACGGGCUUCGGCCAGUAACCCAGACAUCUCAGAGCCAUUGACCACAGUCUGCCAGGGAUUUUGUC